UGGUUUUUAGAUGCGAGAGCAUCUCCUUUUUUUUUUGUUUUCUUGCUGUGCUUGUCAUUUACCUCCUGCUUUCAUUUCUGAGAGCAGCACAGAAACAGCAAUGGCAGGUGCCAUCGCUUUGCCGCUUCAAGAAUACUUUGCAUCCUUGGACAAGGCCAGUUUGCCAAAGAUUCUGCAAGUGUGCUCUGGAGUGUAUUUUCAAGGUUCUGUGUAUGAACUCUCUGGUAGUGAAGUGUGCUUCUCUACCGGUGAUCUGAUAAAGAUCAUUGGAUUGGAGCUCCACUCAGUUUCUUGUCAGGAUGUUUCCAACGAUGAAAAGUUCGAGUUGCCAAUCAAUCACAAAGGUCUGUUCAAAGUGGUACCAGACGAGAUGCCUUACAGUUCGCUCGAAGAGAUGUUGAGUUUAAGGCCCGUCAGCUUGGAUACCUGCCUUCCCUUCACUUUCACCAACCGCUCUAAGAUGACCUUUGGGGAUCUCACCCUCGGGGCUGGGAAAGUGUUGACUGUGCUUUCAAUCGAACAGCAGAAGGGCCAAGAGGACCAAGUGCGAUGCCACCUCAAAGGUUCACAAGAGACCUCUGCAGAAGUGUGCAUUCCUACGUCUUUCCGUGGGGAGUUUUAUGAGUGCGAGAGCGAAGAAAACUUCAGCCUCCAGGAGAUCAUGUCUUCACCAUCACUGCGCAGUCGAAGGUUUCGCUUCAGCAACACCGCCAAGUGUCAGCGACCCUUAAUCUUCUCUCCUAUAUAUCAGAUCCAGGCCAUCAUGAGUAUGAGAAAAAAAGAGAUGAAUUUCCUAUCCAGUUUAGAGAUAGAUGUGGUGGAUGUCACCAGCACAUGCCAGGAUGUAGAGUUUGUGGCGCCCCUCAGUCUGACAGAAGUCAUGUCUCAGCCGGACGAAAUGUUCCCCGCGGUUGUGGAGAUCAUAGAUGGCCCAGAGAAUGGCUACAUGUUCAAAAGCACAUGGAUAGCAGAGCUCAACAAAGGGGUCAGCUUGGUUUUACACAAGAGAACGACAAAAUCCUUCACAAUGGUGUCCACCCCGAAGAGCCGAAAGACGCAGCAGUACUUCCUCGUGUGUCAGCAGUACACUGGACGCUUUCGGAAAAGACCGAGAGAGUUUAACUCGGCCUAUGAGCUGUACGUGGCUUCAACUCAGACACCCUGCCUGAACGUCAGUGUGACAAAGAACUGUGAGGAGGACGUGGCGGAGGGCCUUCCUUCCCUCAGUGUUGGGGAGAAACUGGAGAUUCUAAGUUGCACGAGAAUGGAGUUAUCUCCUGAGAACAGCAAAGGAGACAAGCAGUCUGUUGAGGCUCUUUUAUGCCAACGCUUGCAAGAGCAAGACGAGGAGGACGAUGAAGACAGCGACGUGGAGGCAGCUGAAAAGGAAGAUAGUAAAGAUGAAGUUUUUCUUCCUCUUUAUAUGCAAGGGCACUUUGUGGAAAUACUUCCUGAUAAUAAAAAGUACAAACUCAGCGAAUUGGUUAAGAACUGUAGCUUUCCACUGGACGUGAAGGUGGUGAGUCGUGAUACAGAACUGGAGACAGAUCCACUGUCGGCGUUUGCAUGUCUCCGGUUAGAGGGAAUUAUUUCGGAGCCCGUCAUCCAGGCAAGCCUCCUCGAAAAGCCCGAACAUUGUUUUGAGAUCCCAAUCCAGUGGCUUUCCGUGAACGUCGUUUUCACCAAGGACCCUUUGCUGUGGCCUGAAGGUCAACCUCCCAAAUGUUGCGUAGAAAAGGUCAUUGAGGUGACCGAGUCCUUUUUUUAUGAGUUUCGAAAGCAGGUCAGCUCAAACGAAGUUCCCCCGCCUCGGCCGCCAAAGAGAAACAUGUCUUCAGAAAAAACAAGCAAAAAGGGAAAGAGCACAAAGAAAACAAGCAAAACAAAUAAAACCAAACACCGAAAGGAGAUGGCCACCCCGACCGAGGAGAUGAGUAAUCUGACUUUAACUAACAAGCGAAGACCACCAGCUCCACCCCCUCCAGCUGACAUAACUGACGAGUCUCCACCAAUUGUGCCCCGAAAACACUCUGAAGUUGAAGUGGCAGAAAGGAGGGCUGUAGCAAACGACUACGCAAAACUAAUCCAGUCACAAAAAACACGAGGAACAGAGGACAGUGACCACGACUAUGAAACUGUGGAUGAAUCUUUUGUAGAUAUGAUGAAAACGGCACAGGAGAGCAUCAUGUUCUACUAAAUAAACAAAAAAUAAGGAUUGUCAAACUGGACUUCAGAGGGGUACAGAUAUUGCAAUAUCAAGCACUUCUUGUUGAAAAACCUUGUAAGAUGAUAAAUACACCAUGCUGUGUUAAUAUCAAACUACAAAUAUAAAACUUUAAACUAGUAUUUCAUGAAACCGUUUUAGAUUAUUCAAAAAAUCUGUUUUUUUUUUAUUAUUAACUCAAACUUAUUUGUGGAGACGUUAUUUUACUGUCAACAUGUAUUUGAAGCUGCCUGUGUGUCAAACUAUUGAGAGAAGCGGGAACUUGUGUUGAAGUGUUGUGUUUUUGUGUAAUACUAACAGUAUGUUUGCUUUGGUGGAUGUAAACUGCAAAACCAGAGCAGUAAGGCAAUGCAAACCACAAUUAGCUACCUUUUUCUAAUCUGUUAAUUCGUUUUACUGCGGUAUGGAAAUACAGCAAAGCACGAUAGUGUCAUCCUUUCAGCAACGGAAACUCUAAACAAAACGCUCUAUACAAUCUUUGAUGCGAAGCCACAGACAAAACCACAAUGUGAGGCCCAGGUCCCCUCCACCCCCAUUACUUUCUUAUACAUAUAUUUAUUUUUUGUAUUAUCAUUUUACAGCACAGUUAGGAUUAUGUGUGUAUCAUAUGUGUAUCAUGAUUUGUCAAAGACUGCACAUCCUGAUUGAUCUCUGAAUAUAACUGAAGGGGACUAUUAAACUAUUUGAAUUUAAAA